UUGUGGGUGACGUGACGGGUUCCCUGUUUGUUUGUGUAGCUUGAGGUUGAAAAUGGCGGUGGGGAGAGACCAAGGCAAGAAUUAAAGACACAAAUAUGCAUCUGGUUUGGAUGACAACUUCAGCGGACCUCUGUCAGCAGUUGGAGGAAGGCCUCAGCAUUAGACGCGUGGGUGUUCGAGGCUUUAGCGAGGAAUAUCCGACGUGCAGCUGAACACAAACCACGUCCCUGGAUUUAAAAUAGCUCCUGGAGUUAGCCAGCUAGCCUCGUUAACCUGCUCCCACAGCAACUCAGCAGAAGAGCUGGCCACACAGGAGCGCGGUGUCGGGUUCAUCGCCCUUUCAUGAAUACUUUAUGAAAAUCAAGACAGCCUCUGGACUCACUCGUCUGGUCAAAACAUUUGCAUCCGACCGAUUGCAGAACGAAUCGGUCGGUCUGGCAGCCGCUGCUAGGCUAGGCUAAUAUUAGCACACGAUCAUUCAGCGCUUCGGAAGUUGGAGAAUUGUCGACUGCGAAGGAGAUCAAACUGAACAGGUUGUGUUCAGUGUCCAGUGUUCUUCUGCCUCCCCCAGUGGGAUGGUGCUGUUUGACGGGGAGGGCUCGGUCCCGUAGCCCCCCUCAACACUCCUGCCCCCGCACACCAGCCCCGUGCAGCGGACCGGACACCACCCCGCCGUGCUCCUCUCCAUGAGCAUACAUCUGCAGCACCUCAACAACUUUGCAUAAGUUCCAAAAUGAGUGCAGUAGGAGAGAGUGGCCACGACCCCACCACCCCAGAGCCGCGUAAGAGGAAAGCCCCCCCCUGUGACACCUCGGGCCCAAGUGUGGAGAAGCGUCGUCGGGAGCUGGAGUGGCGCUAUAUCCACGAGCUGGCGGAGCUGCUGUCCGCUAACAUGGGCGACCUCGCUGGCCUGACCAUCAAGCCAGACAAAUGCCAUGUUCUGAAGAGCACGGUGGACCAGAUCCAGCUGAUCACACGCAGGGAGCAGGAGAGAGCAGCGCUGAUGUCCCCGGAUGACGCGGUGCAGAAGAGCGACGUGUCGUCCAGCAGUCAUGGCGUGCUGGAGAAGGAGGCCCUGGGUCCUCUGCUCCUGGACGCCCUGGACGGCUUCUUCUUCGUGGUGAACGGUGAGGGGCGGAUCGUGUUUGUGUCAGAGAACGUCACCAGCUACCUGGGCUACAGCCAGGAGGAGCUGAUCACCUCCAGUGUCUACAGCAUCCUGCAUGUGGGCGACCACAAUGAGUUUGUGCGCAACCUGUUGCCCAAGAGCUUGGUGAACGGUAUGCCCUGGCCUCAGGAGCAGGGCUGGCGGUCCAGUCAGACGUUCCACUGCAGGCUGCUGAAGAGACCUCCAGACGAGGUGGACACAGAAAACCAGGAGGCCCGACAGCAGUAUGAACACAUGCAGUGUUUCCCUGUGUCCCAGCCCAGGGCCCUGCAGCAGGAGGGGGAGGACCUCCAGAGCUGUCUGAUCUGCAUUGCCUGUCGCGCGUCCCGGCCUUCACAGAUCCCUGUCAGCACGGAAUCCUUCAUUACCAAGCAAGACCCUACAGGGAAAAUCAUCUCCAUUGAGACGAGUGCUCUGAGGGCCAGCGGGCGUGCGGGCUGGGAGGAUCUGGUGAGGAAGUGCAUCUACGCCUUCUUCCAGCCUCAGGGCAAAGACGCCUCCCAUGCCAAGAAACUGCUCCAGGAGGUGAUGACCCAUGGCACAGCCAUCAGCCCUCUGUACCGUUUCACACUGAGUGAUGGGACGGCCCUCAGCGCUCAGACACGCUGCAAGUUCUGCUGCCCCCCCAACCCCGACGUCCAGCCCUUCAUUAUGGGCAUACACACUAUCGACAGGGAACACAACACUGCUAGCUCUCAGGAAAACAGCACCCCCAGUCUUCUGUCUACUUCGGCUCCGCCCACCUGCUCUCCUGCCCUGCCCUGUGCUGACCUCGGCCUGCAUCUCAACAACGGCAGUGCGGCUUGCCCCACCCCCACGCCCGCCGCACCAGGCUACCUUCCCACGAGCCGGGGGGUGCCACCCCAGCAGGCAGGCAGCCCCUCGCCCCUGGGCAGCCCCCUCACAGCAACCCCUACCUCAUUCAUGUCACCCCGGCCUCCGCGGGGCAGCCCGGGUCUGGCCGCCAGCCCCCGCUUGCCUGUUCACCCUUUCUCGCCGUCUGGGGGAGGCGUCCACUCCCCUGCGGGCACGCUGGCACGGCAGCAGUCGGCGGGCAGCGAGGCCGCCGCUGUCUCGUCUCUCCCCUCCCCUCUUCCGCCCCGCCACACACCCACGUCUUGCGGCUCGCCCGCACGGCCCACCGCCACUGCCGCGGAGGAGGCCAAGCACGCCACGGCAACCAACCCAAAACUCAACCGGCUCCUGGACGGUGCUGACCUUGACCUCGACCCCUCGCCGACCUCGCAGCCCCGUCCAGUGGCCUCUGCCCAGUGCCCUGCUUCCCACAGCACCCUGACGGAGCGCCACAAGAUCCUGCACCGGCUACUUCAGGACAGCAGCCCCGUUGACCCGGCCAGGGACGGCGAUGUAAAGAAAGAGCCGUCCGCGAGCUCCGCUUCCAGCCACGCCCACGCCCUUGCCAUGGCUCUGCCCCUCGGGGCUUCUGGCAAAGAUCCACAGGACCACCAGCUGCUCCGCUUCCUGCUGGACACGGAUGAGAAUGAGCUGGAGGACCUGCCGCCAUCCACGCUCAGCCUGCAGACCAUCCGCGCCAAACUGGCCAAGAAAGGGAGCAGCAAGGGCCUGUGUGACAUGGCGACAUCCCCGGGGGCCGUGGCUGGCCUCGCCCCCUCUCUGACGCCCCCGCCCGCAGACAGACCCAGUCCGCAGUUUUCCAGUGCUGAUUUGGACACACUCAACCAGCUGCUCCCCGCGCUGAGGGCCCCAGUGUGUGGGAAGCCAGCGGAGGAGAUGGGUCUCCCCCCACCAGUAGACAACAUUCCCAUCGGAGUGAGCACCAAGAACGAACCAUCCAGAACACCCAGACGAGUGUUUCCUGAAGGCUCCAGACUACAGAGCCAGUCUCCCUUUGACUUCUGCAGCCCCCCGACCCCCACGCAGGUGCAGGGGGUGGGGCCAACCGACCCCUUCCAGACACCCAAAGAGAGCACCAGCCCCUUCUCCGACUCCACCCACACAGUCAGCUUCAGUGCCAGCCCAGCAGGACUAGCCAAGCUGGAGUUACCUGAUGCACAGCAGUUCCCGCCCUUACCCCUGAGUGACCCCAUGACCCUGAGUGACCCCAUGGCUUUCGAGGGUGCCCAGACACAUGGACCUCUACCCUCUCCUCAGGAGCAGUGCGUGUCGUGCCCGCUGGAUGAGAUGUUGUGCCCGCCCACCACUCCGGAGGGGCGUAGUGACGAGAAAGCCCUGCUGGAGCAGCUCGUCUCCUUCCUGAGUGGCACGGAUGAGAGUGAACUCGCUGAGCUAGACCGGGCACUGGGCAUCGACAAGCUUGUGCAGAGCGGCUGCCUGGACCAGAUCACCCAGCGGUAUGCUCCACCCCAGUCGCCUGCCUCGGUGGCACUGGACCCUAAGUUGCCUGGCUACCUGCCUCAGUUCUCCACCUCACCUCCACAGUUCCCCCCUGAGAUGGCCGGGGCGCAGGGUAUGGGGUUCGGCGGGCCGCGCCUUCCCUUUCCGGGCGUUGGCGUGAGGCCAGCUCUGAGCCGGGUGCCAGGAAUGCCCAGUCCAGCACGUGUGCCGCCCAAUCAGCUCAGACUGCAGCUUCAGCAACGUCUGCAGGGCCCACAGCAGCUCCAGAACAGGCUGGCGGCCAUGGGCCAGUUUCCGCAGGGGGCACCUGUUGCUAUGGCGAUGAGGCCAGGCAUACAGCAGCCUCAGCUGCCCUCCCAGCCUCCCCUCAACGCUCAGAUGCUGGCCCAGAGGCAGCGGGAGCUCUACAGCUUCCAGCACCGCCAGCGGCAGCUGCUGCAGCAGAAGGUGCUGAUGAUGAGGCAAGGUCUGGGCACAGGGCCCGUGGGCCCUCAGCGCCUCCCUCAAGGCCCCCAGCAGCCCCAACCAACUCCACCCGCCCAGCAGACGCCGCCCCAGCAGUUCGGCUACCCUGCGGGCUACGGCGCGGGGCCGCCGGGAAACACCCCUACCUCCCCCAGCCAUUUCAGCCCCAUGGGGGCGCCACUGGACCCCAAGCUGCCCGCUAGGGGGGGCAUGGCAACCCAAGGCUUGUUUGGCGGGCCCAUGAACCCUCCUGUCCAGCAGGGCCUCUUCCAACAGUUUGGCUCAGGGAUGACAUUUUUAAGGAGUAACCUCUGUGGGGUUUUUCUUCAAGGCAUGGUCCAACAAGGUGAGUCGUCCUUCCCCACCGAGCUCGGGCCUGCCAGCCCCCUGCUCACACCACAGAACUCCACUUCCCAGAGUCCCCUGCUCCAGCAGACACAGGCCGCACCUGGUUACCAGUCAUCUGACAUAAAAACCUGGCAGCAAAGUGGCAUAACUAACAACAGUCUGUAUAACCAGACAGGUCAGACUGCCACACCGGGCUUUGGCCAGCAGGGGGUGUACAACAAUAUGAGCAUCACCGUCUCCAUGGCCGGCGGCUCCGGGGCUGUGGGUUCUCUACCUCCCAUUGGUGCACCAGUUGGCAUGGGCAACAAUAACCUUGGCAACGUGAGCUCUAUGUGUAACGAUCAGGUACAGCAGGUUCAGGUGUUUGCUGAUGUCCAGUGCACGGUGAACCUCGUGGGCAGUGACUCCUAUCUAAACCAGCCAGGGCCCAUGGGCUCCCAGAAGAGCCAGAGUGGGGCGCCCUCCUCUCAGUCCCAGCAGAAGAGCUUACUCCAGCAGCUCCUCACCGAGUGAGCCCACACGCCCGCCUACACAGCCAUCUCCUACACAGAUUUCUGUUCGUCACCUUUGGUUUCUCUCCAGCUCUGUCUGUCGUGGUUGGGGUCAGGGGUCAGGGGUCAGGGGGUCCGGUGUGCUCAUUCCGGGUCACCUGCUGCUCACCGUCUGCUUCCUCAAUGGUGAAAAAUAAAAGCUCACGUUCCAGAUGUUUGCCGAGUUUGUAAAAAAAGAAGAAAAAACUAAAGAUGUGCUGCUUCCCGUCGGCCGGUGUCCUGUCGGCCGGAGUCCCGUCGGGCCGAUGUCCCGUCAGGUCAUUGUUGUCGUGCUUCUUGUGGGCGGAGUGCAGUAGCUGAGCUCAGAUUGGACAGAUUGGAAACUUGGGCAGACCGUUGCCGUGGCGUUGCCAACGGGACAACUCUUGGGAAUGUUUGAGUUUUCCUCUGCAUGGGAUGGCUCAGCUCCAGCUGGCUCUGUGACUCAUGGGCUCCCUCAGUGUCUGAUGAUGGGAGGAGGUUCCCAACUUUUUAUUCUGUUUUUUUCUUUUCUUUUCCUUUUUUAAAAUUCUGAAUGCCUGUUGUCGUCAGGACAAGCUUUUCCAGAUGGGGAGGUUGCUUUCUGGCACAGUGGUGCCACAGGCAUCCCUGGGAGAACUCGUGUUCAAACAGCAGACAUUUUUAAAAUGUCCUCAGUCUUUUUGUGCCCCUCCCCCAAGCAGCUGUGAAUCCGAGUUACGUAGGGCUACGGAAGCCUGAGUGGUGUUAUUGUACAGCACAAAAACGGACAACUUUGGGAUGAGUUCACACUUUCUAUUUUCCUUUAAAAAAAAACAAAGCAAAACAAAAAAAAAAAAGCAAGAAAAACUAAAAAACAAAUGUUGCAUUGCUGUCCGGGCAACAGUCGUGUUAAACGCGUCAUCGUCGUGGGGUUCAGACUGGUUCUCUUUUAUAGCUUUGAGAAUAUGUAACAUGUUUUCUUUUCUUUUUUUUAAGAAUAAUGUUCGAAAUCAAGAAAUGGUGUGUACUAAGUAACAUCGCUGAAUAUUUCCUGGGGGUGUGGAGCUCCCUGCACGUUUCUGACGACAUGGGGAGAUUACGAAGGGUUUGUGUUUUCCGUGUUUUCCUGGUUCAUGAUGUUGAUAUUCUAUGUACCUCCUGGUGCCAUAGUCAAUGUUCAACAAUCUCCAAAUCUGUUGUACAGUACAUGAUGAGGCUUAGAUGAGCUAAACUGAUUUUGAUAAUUCAGUGGUUUGUUGUUGUUUUUUUUUUUCUUCUUGUAUUUUGUUCGUUUUUGUUUUAUUUUGGUCUUUGAAGCCAGUCUAGAAAUCCCAAGUCACUCUCCUCCGGCUUUGGAAGGGUGGGCGUGGUCUCGCGAACCUUGUCUCUCUCUCGCACCAUUGGCUGCCUGGUCCAGUUCUGCUCAUGUGACUACUGUUGCUUGGUCAGACACUGUUCAUCAGCAUUUCCCCUUCCUCAUUUGUUCUCUGCAGUUCACCCCUUCGCCCAUCCCUCUGUGUCCAAACCCUGUUAUGGUGAACUGGGCAUGAGAACAGGCAGCAACGCUACGCAGCGGAGGCUAGGCACAGGUCACAGGUCACAGGUCACAUCACGAGGAGAAAAGGGGCUGGGUGUAUUAGCCAGUGGAAAGCAAAGCUUUAUUAGGGAAUUAAACGGUCCAAGCUUGUCUGUGUACACACAGAAGGUGUUUGACAAGUAGUGUAAUGUGACCAGAACGCAGCUGACAGCACUGAGCACCGGAGCUGAUGAAAUAGAGCACAUGUGACUACCAGACCCCCUCUUUUGUGUCAUACAACACAAGCAUGUCCUGUGAUGUGAGUCACUGUUGUAGCUCAGUGCUGUGUCCAGAUGACCUGCUCACUCCAGCGUGGGUGCGGUUUACAUGUGGGUGUACAUUGAGGGUGUUGGUGACCCACGUUUUGAUAGAAAUGCACAUUACAAAAGGCAGAAUGGGUUUACAGUUAUGUACUUUAUUCUGAAAACAAAGCCACACCAUUAAAAAAGACAAAACACACAGAUAACGGUGAUUCAGUGAGCCGUGGACACACGGACGCACCAGCGUUGUGUCUGCCCCAAUUUGCACGGCACACGCAGACACAAUCAACCCUACAGACGGUAAAGUUACAUUUUACGCAGCAGUUAAUCGGGUACUUUUUUUGUUUGUUUUUGUUUUACCCUUUAAUCAAACACCUUUUCCUCCCAUUUGUGACAUACGUUUAUGCCAAAUACACAGCACUACGACACAGUGCCUAUUAACAGUGGGUUAUUCUUUAAUAGACACCUCUCGGCCGGUUUUGCACCAAGGUACAGUGGAAAUAAUCUGCAGCCUGGUUCAGCAAGUUAUCAUGUAUAUAACAGACAAAUGUGAAUAUGUAUCUGUUCAGAAUCAACAGUAUGUAGUGCUACAAGUUCGUGGUAAUAACUACUCGCUUCCAUUUUCUUCUCUCUUUUUGUAUGCGUAUGGCUGUCUGAAAGAGUGUGUGUGUGUGUGUGUGUGUGUGUGUGAUUAAU